UUCACUAAACCCAUCUGACUCUUCUCUGAUAGCACCAUAAACUUAUACAUUUUACCAACUCCUACAAAUUUGCUUCCAUUUACAAUUUCAGAUAUGGAGAUUUCAGUGCCUUUUUUCCGUCUAGCUAUGGCAUUGGCAAUGACUGUGGUCUUGGCUAUGCCUGUCUAUGGCCAAGUUGGUUCCCCUUGCAAUGCUUCGGCAAUUUCUAGCUUGUCCCCUUGCAUGAGUUUUCUCACUAAUAGCAGCUCCAAUGGCACCUCACCAACUGCAGACUGCUGCAAUUCACUAAAAGCCCUCACAAGUACCAGCAGAGACUGCUUGUGCCUCAUUGUAACUGGAAGUGUUCCCUUCCAACUACCGAUCAACCGUUCUCUAGCCAUCUCUCUCCCUCGUGCCUGCAACAUCCCCGGCGUCCCACUCCAAUGCCAAGCCACAGUUGCACCUAUUCCUGCUCCAGGUCCUAGCUCCCUUUCGCCAACCCUCUCUCCUGGAGCUUCACCAUCUGGUCCAACAGCUUCCUCUGUUCCGGAACCAACCUCAUCUGCUCUGUCACCGGAAUCCGACACAACACCACUUUUAACUCCGCCAUCUACAACAGGAGGCUCUGGAGCUCCAACCGCAACUACAGGGAGCCGUCCUGUUCUGACUCCUUCGGCUGCCUUUACCUCUUAUCGUCUCUCACCCUCUCUUAUGCUUUUUGCAUCAGGCAUUCUGGCUUUGAAGUUUUUCUAGGCUGAUUAUGUUCAUCUCUAUACAUAUUUCCAUACAUUGUCUGAGAAAUAUUCUUUUGUUGGUGGGUGUGAGUGUGACUAUUGUUUUUGGCUAGUUUAGAUCAUUGCAACCCAUUUUGGGUGAUUAUUUAUUGAAA